AUGAGCCGCCAUUAUACCGCCACCCGCACCUCGAGCGGGGGAGCCGUGCGCGAGCGCGCUUCUCCGCCACUGCGCCCUUCCGCCUCCCCCCCUUCCGCGCACGCGCUAGACUUCAAGCUCCCGCCCGCAGCAGGGGAGAAUGGCGCAGUGUGGGACGGCGGAAGCAGUGGCGGAGAGGCAAGAAGCGCGCCGAGCAGGAGAGGGGUUCUGUCAGGCCUGGGCGAGCCCCCCCCUCCGCCCGUAGGCUCGUUCCCCUCCCCCUCCCGCGCCUCCCCCUCCUCCGCCCGCCAUCCCCGCUCCACUAACCUGCACCCCCCCAAAGGCGCCAGCUCCGCCAGUCAGCGCAUGCCCCGUUCCGCCUCCUCCGCCCCUUCCCCCACCCGCCCCGCUUCCGCCGCGGGGGACGGCGGAAGCGGAAGGGUGCGGUCCCCUAGAUCUUCCUUGGGAGAAGAGGAGGAGUUAGCGGUUCUUAUGGCUGCCGACUCUCCCUCCGCCGCUUCUGACGCGUCUCUCCCGUUGUCUGCUGCGCGGACGCAUAGUGCGGGAGUAAUGGCGGCAGCGGGGAGAGCGCCCGGGGCUUAUUUGCGUAGUAGCUCGUUCGCGCUGAUUGCGGGAGGCGCCGAGAGAGUCGCGGCGGAGAGAAUAGCGGAGAGAAGAGCAGCAGCAGCAGCAGCAGCAGCAGCCGCAGCAGCCGCCGCAGAAUCAAGCUAUGGUGGUGAUGGUGUUGCUGGUAAGGGUGGUGGGACAGGGGGUAUACAUGCUACGUUUUCGCGCUGUAGAAGCAGAGGGGGAGGGAGUAGUGCGGGGGGAGGGGACGCAUAUAAUGAAGAGAGCGAAGGGGGGAGGGAUGGUGGUGGGGAGGAGAGGAGGGUGCAUAGGACGCUUACAAGAUAUGAGGGGCAUGAGAGGAAUUUGGCGUCAUGUGGGCGAACGUUCACCAAGUAUGGAGGGGGGAAAGAGGAGAGAGAGGGGAUGGGUGCAGCGGAUGGGGUAGAUAGAAGGGCAAGAAGGACUCUUACGACGUAUGGGGGAGGUUUGGUGAAGAGUGGGAGUGAGAAGGAGACGGCGCGGAGUGGGAGUGAGAAGGAGAGAGCGAGGAGUGGGAGUGAGAAAGAGAGAAGUAAGGAUGGAGGUAGUGGGAAAGAGAGGAAGGGUGGGAGGGAGGGAAGGAGUGAGAUGGAGGGAGGGAGUGGGAAGGAGCGAGGGAGCGGGAACGGGAAGGAAAGGAGUGGCUCUUUAGGGAGGCGCAGCAGCGGGAAGGAUGAGAGAUUGGUGUCAGAAGGAUCGGAGAUUGGAGAGACGAGUGUUGGGAAGGAUGGAAUCUCUCAAAGAUUGUCUUUAGGGAGUCGCAGCAGUGGGAAAGAUGGGAUAGUGGUGGCAGAAGCAGCGGAGAUUGGAGAGGGAGAGAGGGGGAGGACGAAGGAGAGGGAGAAGGACAGGCAGAAGGAGAGAGAGGGUGGGAGGGAGAGCAAGGAGCGGGAGCGGGAGAGGAGAAAAGAGAAAGAAGGGAGAGGUGAGCGGUCAGGAGAAAAGAGAGUGAGCCGGCAAUCAAGCACAACUAGUGGGGCUGAGGUUAGCGAUGGGGUGAUGAGAGAUAAGGAGAAGAGUGGAGAGAGGGAGAAGCGGGAGAGGGACAAGGAGCGGGAAAAGGAUAGGGAGAGGGAGAAACGGAAAGAGAAGGACAGGGAGAGACGAAAAGAGAGGGAGAAGGAGAAGGAGAAGGAUAGGGAACGGGAUAAAGAACUACCAAGAGAGGGAUCGAGGGGAUCCAGAGAAGGGAAGAGGGAGGGGAAAGGGGUGGGGGAAGGGGAAGGGUCGAAGCGUAGAAGUAUGGAGAAACACAAGAGCGCGGAUCCAGAGAGAGAGGAGAGGAAGCGAGAGAGGAAUGGGCUGGGUCGAGUUGAUGAGGGGUGUGAAGCAGGGCUAGACCACACGUGGCCUAGGAAAGGGAGGAGUGGGGAAGGAGAGAGAGUGGUUGACGAGGGUGGUAAAGUGGCGGAUGGGGGGAUAUGGGGCUUGAGUAUUGCAGAAGAAAUGGCGGCAGCUGUGAAGCUGGUUGCUCGGGGAGAAGGGGAGGGGUUGGAGGGGGUGGAAGGGAGGGAGGGAGAGGAAAGGGGGAGUGAAGAGGGAGGUAGGGAGGAGAGAGAGGGACAUAAGAGGAGAGAGAGGAGUAAGGAGAAGGAUAGAGAUAAGGAGGAGAAGGAAAAGGAGGAGGAGAAAGAGAAGGAGAAAGAGAAGGAAGGUAGAGACAAGGACCGGCACAGGCACAAGCACAGGCACAGGGAAAAGGGUAAGGAUGGAGAGAGAGAAGAGGAGAAGGGCAAAGGGAAGGAUAGUGUGAAGGAUGGAGAGGAGGAGCAUAGGAAGAGGCAUGGGGACCGAGAAAGAGAGAGUGGGAAAGACAGGGAGAAGGAGAAGGAGAGGGAGAGGGAGAGGGAGAAGGAGAAGGAGAGUGAGAGGGAUGGGGAGGGGGGGAAGGAUGAGAAGCAACGGAGUAAGGAGAAGGAGAGAGAGCGAAGGAAGGAAGGUGAGAGGAGCAGGCACAGGGACAAGGAGAAGGGAAGGGAGAGGGAGGAGAGGCACCAGAGUCACAAGGACAGAGAGAGGGGGAGUGGGAGAGGGAGUCAGAGGGGGAGUGGAAGAGGAGAAGAGGGUAGGAGGGGGGAGGAGGGUUCGGCAGGUGGAGGAUCAGGUGAGAUUUCAGGUGAAUUUUCAGGUGUGCAGAUUGAGAGAGAGGAAAGCAUUGCGAACAGUGCUGCUGGGCCGGCAACGCCUGGUAAGGAUAAGCAGGAGCGAGAGGAAAGGAAGGAGAAAGAGGGGUCUAGGCAUGCAGAUGGGCAAAGAGAGAGGGAUAAGGAGCGGGAGAAAGGAGACAGGUCGAGCCGGCAUAGGCAUAGAGAUAAGGACAACGACAAGGAUAGGGAUAGGGAUAGGGAUAAGGAUAGGGAUAAGGAGAAGGAUAGGAAACGAGAGAAGGAUGGAGACAGAGAGAAGGAAAGGGGGCGGGAGGAGAGGGAAAAGGAGAAGGGUCGGAGCAGUGGGAAAGAGAGGAUAAGGGAUACGAGUGAGGAUGUUGGGGAUGGUGGUGAUGGGGACAGAAGCAGGGAAGAGAAGGAUGUAGAUAAGCAGGUGAAGGAGCAAGAGAGAGGAAGCGAAAGAGACAAGGAGAGGGAGAGGAGGAAGGAGAGAACGAGGGAGAAGGAGAAGGAGAAGGAGGAGGAGGAGGAGGAGAAGGAGAAGGAGAAGGAAGGGAGGGGUGUUCUGGAGAGAGAUCAGAGCAAUAGUAGCUCCAGAGGCAGACACAGGGACAAAGGCAAAGAGAACGAGAAGAGCAAGGAGCGGGAGAAAGACAAGGAGAGGAAGAAGGAGAAGGAAAGGGAGAGGGGUGGAGAGAAGGAGAAGGAGAAGGAGAAAAGCAAGGAAAAGGGGUCGAAGUGGCAGCCACAUCAUCACGACCAGUUUCACCUGCGUCAGCAGCUGCAGCAGCAGCAGCAGCAGCAGCAGCAGCAGCAGGAGGAGGAGGAGGAGGAGGAGGAGGAGGAGGAGGAGGAGGAGGAGGAGGAGGAGGAGGAGGAGGAGGAGGAGGAGGAGGAGGAGGAGGAGGAGGAGGAGGAGGAGGAGGAGGAGGAGGAGGAGGAGGAACAGGAGGAGAGGAGGCGAGAGCGAAGCCGCUCUUGGAUAGACGAGCUCCUGCCUGAUUCCGUUACUUUUGAGGAAACUGGCUUGGCCGGGCCGGAUGGGUUAGGUUCGGAAGGCGGCGUGGGACAGGGAGGGGUAGGGGCAGGUGGGGUGGACCCGUGUGGCUUGGACUUGCUUGCUUCGGCUGCUGCUGCAGGGUCGGAGUUUGCGUUUCUGGUGGAGGGAAGCGGUGCGGGUGGUGGGUGUGUAGGGAGCGGUGCUGGGAGCGAUGGGGGUGGUGUGAGAGAGGGUGGCGAUGGGGAAGCAGGGGCAAAUGCAGCGGGAGGAUUAGGAGGAGCAGGGGCAGCAGCGGAAUCGAAAAAGGAGGUGCUGGAUGUGAGGCAGCUUUCAAGGAAAAUAUCUGGGGGGCUUGGAGGGCUGCUGGCAAGAGGGGCAUCUGGGGAAGCGAGUGGCAGGAGCAGGCACGUGCGGCAAGGCAGCAACGGGCUGCUCUCACCACCCUCGUUUGCUCUUUCUGAUGCCACCGCUGGCUCUUCUGCUGCCUCCGCUGCUGCUGCCUCUCCUGCUUUGUCUGCUGCAUCUGCUGCGUCCCUGCCUCCCUCGCACCCUGGUUUGAUUUCCUCCGCGCAGUUGCUCCCUCCUCCCCUGCCGCGUCCGUCCUCCUCAGCUAGUCACCGUCGCCUGGGGUCGAUAGGAGAGAGGGACGGAGAGGGAGAGGACGGAGGUGAGGGAAGGGAUGAAGAGAGCAGGGAGGGAGGGCUGGGAAGGGCACGAGAGGGGUAUGCGCCUGAAUCGGGGUAUGCUCCCGAGGUGUCCCCUUGGGCUGGUGAGUAUGGGAGGAGGAGUCAACGGGAGCAGAGUGGCGGGGAGAUUUGUGGCGGGAGGUAUGGAGGCCGAGAGAGGUUUGCGAGUGAGAGAUUUGCAGAGGGAUUUGCAGAGGAGGGAUUUGCAGAGGAGAGUGGAGAGCGAGGGUAUGUGAGGGGGAGGGGGUAUAAGGAAGCGGGUGGGUUGAGACGAGGGGAUGGGGAGAGAUUCAGGGAGAGAGGGGGAAGGGGGGCAUGGGAAGGACGUGGGAAUGGGUGGGAUGGGAGUGCAGAUGAGUGGGCUGAUGAGAGAGAGAUUAGGGGAGAUGGAGCGAGAGGAGGCUUGAGGGGGGGUCGGUUGGACGAGCACGGGAGGAGGAAUAUGGGUGUGAGGGGGUUCGGGGGGAGGGGGCGGAUAGGGGGGAGCGAGAGAUGGGAGGGCGAGGGAGAGAGGAGAGUGGGAAUGGGAAUGGGGAAGAGGGGAGGAGGGAGGGGGGAUGGAGGGAAGGGGGCGUGGGGUGGUGAUGAUGAGUCGGGAUUUGAACUGGAGAGACGUGAUGGGCUUAGAGGUUUGUCCUUGAAUCGAUAUGCAGUAGCAGAGGCCGAAUGGGCGCAUGAGGUAAGUGGGGAUGAGGGAGAGGAGGGAGAGGAGGAGGAAGAGGAGGAGGGGGAGGUGAUGGAGGAGGGGGAGGAGUAUGUUGGUGUGGAUGGGUACGGGGUAGGAGAGGGGGAGGUGAUGGGGAGAUAUGGGACAGAGAGCCAGGUUUUCACUGUUUGUCGUGGUGAUGAGGCUGAUGAUGAGGGUGAUGUGAGUGGGGAGAUCAGUGGUGAUGUUAGUGGUGAGUUGGGGGUGUUAGAGGAGGGAGAGGAUGGAGUAGCGGAGGGAAGAGGGGGAUCGGUGAGGUUCCGGGAAGGAGAGGAGGAAUUUGGAACAGAGGAGUUUGGAGAGGCGAGUGAGUUUGGGUCUUCACUGGAUGAAGAAUUAGAAGAGGAGAUUGAAGAGGAGUUGGAGGAAUUGAGGAGGCGGAGGGAUGAAGCCCAGAGGAUACUGGAAGAGGGGGAAGAGGGUGGAGUGAUUGGGCGAGGGGCGGAGGUGGAGAGGGAGGAGAGAGGGGCGGGUGUGAAGGGAGGGGUAGGGGAGGAGUGCAGAGGGGAAGGUGGGGAGGGUGAGGAGGAGGAGGAAGGGGAAGAGGAGGACGAGGAGGAGGAGGAGGAGGAGGAAGAGAGCGAUUCUCUUCCCGAUGAAAUGAUGUUUGUUCGUUCCCUCUCCACACUCCGCCGCCCGGAGAUCGGGCAGACGUGCAGCUCUGUACGAGCCAGCAGCCCUGGUGCUUCUUCUGCUGCUAGUUUCGCGGACCUUUCCCCGACUGCGGCUGCCGUGGCUGCAGCAGCAGCAGCAGCGCAGGCAGCAGCAGCAGCAGGGUCACCGGGGAGUGGCAUGGUUGUAGGAGGAGCAAGGGGAGGAGGAAGAGGGGCAGGUAGUGGAAGAGGGUUUGCAUCCCCUUCAGCAGCAGCAGCAUCUCUCCCGUCUCCCAAGUAUCCCGGAUCGAGUUCGUUUUGGGGGGGACAACAGCAGCAACAGCACCAGCAGCAGCAGCAGAGGCCUGCUACCUCUGCUGGGUUUCGCAUGCUUCCUCCCGCUCCCAUUGCCACCCCACAGCACAGCCCAGACCAGUUCCGUAUGCACAACCCUCCCGCUGGUUCUAACGCUCCAGGUACUGCUGCUGGUGGUGUUGGUGCGGGUGCUGGUGCUUACUCUGCUCCUACCUCCCCUACUGGACGCAACAGCAACGCCGCUGCCGGUCCCCCUCCUUCUCCUCACCCUCCUCCUGCCGCCCGCCAUGCUCCCCCGCCCACUGUUCCAGGGCCUUUGGCGAUCCGUGGUGCUGCUGUUGCGAUGAAAGCUGCUGCUGCUGCAGCGGCGGCAGCGGCAGCAGCGGGAGGGGCAGGGGCAGGUGCGGGGGGACAAGGAGGAGGGGUUGGAAAAGGAGGGAAGAAGGGGAAGAAGGAGCAGAAGAAGAAGACGAAGAAGGAGAGGAGGGGAAAGGGAGAGAUGGGUGGGAAGGAUGGAGGGAGGGGAGGGUCUGGUGGUACAAUGGUUGGCAUUUUUCACUUGAGUGCUGAUGCUGGUGCUGCUGGUGAUGCUGCUGCUGCUGGUGGUGAUGAUGAUGCACGCGGGGAUUCUAACGCUGAGCGCACAAGCAACCACAUCAACAACGGUGGCAACGAGGAAGACGAGGAGGAGGACUCGACUGAAGAGACAGACAGUGAGGAUGAGGAGAAUGAAGAGGAGGAAGAGGAUGAGGGAGAGGGGGAUGAGGACAAUGAGGAGGGCAGCAGCUGCGACGCCCUUCCGCCCAUCUGGUCGCCCCCUCCGCUCUCCACUCUCGCCGAAACCACUCUCGCGGAGGGCAUCGCACGCGCCAAGCACAGCAACCUAGCGGAGCGCUGCCAAGAAAUCGACCGCCUAUACUACUCCUUUGACCUCGGGCCAGGCCUCCUCGCCUCAAAUAUCUCUGCAGAAGCUCGGGAGUUGAGGCAUCUGCACCCGGAGGAUAUACUCGCUUUGGCGGCGCAUUUAACACGGAUGAGCUUGCACGAGCCGGCGUUUCAUCUGGGGUUGCGGGCGGUGUCGUCUGGGAGGCUUACCGUGGUGCAGUUUAAGCAGGUGCUAAGGAUGGUGUUUGCGAGCGGGGGAACGGAGACGUUCAGCGCUCGAUUCGCCCGCCUAGCCACGACGGUGAAAGCCGCGGCUCUCGCUCCGCCCGCUGCGGCUGCCGCGGCGACGGUUACCGCGGUAACCGCUGCAGUUGCGACAGCAGCAGGGGUGGACGUGGCGUUGCUACCGCAGCCGCCAUCCCCCCCACCUGCUUCUGUCUACAUCGGCAUGUUUGCAGAUGCGUUGCUGAGAGGGAAGGCGGCAAGGCGGCACCACCCGUGGGCGUAUGAGGUCACUCUGAACUUCCUCCGGAUGAAUCUGAGAGCUGCUGCUGUGGGCGUGCGUGCGGGGCCGGGAGGUGCGGGAGGAGCAGGAGGAGCCGGAGCAGGAGGAGCCGGAGCAGGAGGAGGAGGAGGAGCAGGAGGGGGGGAUGGAGGGGGAGGGAGAGCCGCUCUUGAGACGUUGGAACAGGAGCUGUUAGCCCAAGUGACGCUGAACAGAUGGCUGGGACGUGGGCUGUCAAACGCACUAUCCGGAGCGAUGGUGCCUAUAGAGCAAGGGGAGGAGAGGGCGAUAGAGGUGAUUGAGGAGAUGGUUGCACCCCAGGCGGCGCUAGGGUGGGGUGUGUGGCUGCGAGUGGGGCGGCUGGUGGAAGGGGAGAGGAAGCGGCUGCCUGUGCUUCUGGAGUCAAUGCAAGUCAAAUCGGUCAUGCACACGUAUAAGAGCAUAGACGAGAACGGGGAGUCCUCAGACGCACUCUCCCUGGCGGUGUUUGACUGGGGCGCCAGGGGUCUGUGCAAGCACCUGCCAGCAGACGACCCGGCAGCGGCGCUGCUGGAAGUCAUCUACCCCCUCGACGAGGAGCGCGUGUCGCUCGUGCUCUCGCUGUCGGCUCGCAUUGCUGCCACGCACGCGCACGGGGGGAAGUGGCCGGGAGUGGACGCGCCUGUGCUGGUGGCGCAGCUGCUCACUCUCGCAGAGCAAUGGUGGAAGGGGAAGUGGCCGGGAGUGGACGCGCCUGUGCUGGUGGCGCAGCUGCUGACGCUGGCCGAGCAAUGUGAGUUGGUUGGCUGGUGGGAAGAGUGUCGCUCGUGCUCUUGUCUCUGCGCGCAUCGCUGCCACGCACGCACGCAGAUGGUGGUAUGCGCGCGCAUGGACAGCCCGCAGUUGUCCCGUGCCGUGAACUCGACUCAAAAGUCAGUCCCGUGCCGUGAACGUGGCGUCACCUUUUCCCCUCCCCACCGCCCCCACUCCCCCCCUUCCUUCGCCCCCUCUUCCUCACCACUGCUCCCUCCCCCUCCCGCCGUUUCCCGUCCACCAGGGCGCAAGGACAGCCGGCAGAUGUCGCGUGCUGUGAACGUGCUGCUUUCCCCCCCUCACCACUCCCCCUCCUGCUCUGCCCUAACCCUGUCUCCCCAUCCACCAGGGCGCAUGGACAGCCGGCAGAUGUCGCGUGCUGUGAACGUGGCGUCUCUGCUGUGGGGGUGGGCGCUGCCCAAGCGACAGCAGCUGCUGCAGCAGUGCGGGGUGAGUGAGACGCGUUGGGAGGGUGAGUGGCGAUUUGAGGGAGUGGGGUGGGGGCGGUUUGUGGGGGGUGUGGCGAUUACGGGGAGUGGGGGUAAUACGGGGGUGUCUCUGCUGUGGGUCUGGGCGCUGCCUAAGAGGCAGCAGCUUCUGCAGCAAUGCGGGUCUGCGGACGAGGCAAGGGAAGUCAUGGAGCGCAGUGCCUCGUCCAUCUGGCGCUCUGUUGCCGCCUCCAAUGCUGCUGCCACAGCGCAACGCAAAAGGUGGAUCAUGAAGGCAAUGAGAUUCAUCCAUCAGUCAGCAGCACACCCGUCAACACACUGCCCCGUAUCAGGCACAGAUGACUCGUACCUUCCACCGAACCUCCCUGCCGAACCUCUCCACCAAGCCGUCUUCCUCCACACCUGA